AUGUUUACACCGUCGACCCGAUUUCUCUGUUCAGCUAGGCCCCUGCUGUGGUUUGGUCGUCGUGGUGUGUUUGCGGCACCGCAUCCUGAAAAAGCCAAAACAGGCGGCGAGGAUGCCUUUGUGGUUCACACAAGUGGAAUUGGAGUUGCGGAUGGUGUGGGUGGCUACGCAAGUUAUGGUGUUGAUCCGGGAGUAUACACGCGGAAUGUCAUGAAACAUACGCUUCGUGCGCUCCAAGAAGAUGACAACCGCGGGACCAUUGGGGCGUUGCAGGCCUUAACCUACGGGUACACGGAGGCGCAGAAGCUGAAGCAGCCCGGGGGUUGCCCCGUAACUCUUGUGACCCUUCUUGACGGUCGCUUUGCCUCUGUCUUGAACCUUGGAGACUGUGGGACGAUUUGUUUGCGUAGUUCCAAGCUUUUCUUCGCAACAGAACCCCAACAGCAUAGCUUCAACUGCCCGUACCAGCUCCCCGAGGAUCCGCCGAGCGUUGGGGACCGAACAACGCUGGAGGUAAGUGAGGGCGACGUAUUUUUGUGUGCAAGUGAUGGAUUGCUCGACAAUGUUGAUAUGUCAGACAUUCUUCGGCAUCUCGACGCUGUCAACCGUGAUGGAUGCCAACGGGUCGCGGAAAACCUUGUGGCUUGUGCGUGCCGGAACGGUGCAAACAAGGGAUUUGACUCGCCGUUUGCCAAGCAGGCGCGCGCUGUAGGCUACCACUACAUGGGCGGGAAACAGGAUGAUGUAACUGUUGUAGUGGCGCAGCUGACCCGUGGGACUGUGGCACCAGAUGAUUGUCCUAGCCUUAUCACGGAGCUUCUCGAUGUGCACAAGACAUGA